AGCCGCUCUUGCAUACCAGUCUGUGACUUUCUCUGCCGCGGAGGCCGUGUGUCGUGUGUACUCGUUCGGUUUUUUCUCAGGUCGGACUUUUUAUUUUGUCAUUUAUAGUUUUUUUUUUUUUUCUUGACAAAUGUAACGCUUUCGGUUGUGUUUUUAUUUCCGGUGUGAGUUGUGAAUGUCGAAAAAAAGAAAGAAAAGAAAAAGUUGCCAUAAACUUUCUUGCUAGUAAAACAUCGCACUGCGACCAACUUGUACAUGUAAAAGUUUAGAAUAUGAAUUCGUAUGGAAUUUAGACCGCAGACCAGGAAUUCUGUUUUGUUGUUGCACUGGGAAACGAGACACAGAAAAAAAAAAAAAAUUCAUGCACUAGAAUCCUGAAAGAAGGCUAAGGAACAGGGAAGGAAAGUAAGGGAAACGAAAGGAAACCCAAUAAUAAAAAGUGAUUAUCCGUCACGUGUUCAUCGCCGAGCGCCGCCAAGUGCCGCGGAUAACUAGGAGGUAACAAAGACGCGAUAACGGACUCAAGAUCCUAAGAUUUAAUUGCCAGCGACACCAUGGCCGUAAGGAGUCUCGCGUGGGCGCCUUGUCUGCUGUGGCUGUGCCUCCUUCGGAACGCCGUGGGCGACGAGGCAGCCACGACCGAGGGCUGGUGGCUCGGUCGGCCGCAGCCCUACUUCGCCGACUCCCCGACCAACCUCACCAUCAUUUCGGGACAGACCGCCUACCUGCCCUGUCGGGUCCACAUGCUCGGCGACCGCUCGGUGACGUGGAUGCGGGGUCGAGACCUGCACAUCCUUACAGUAGGCCUCAUCACCUACUCCGCCGACGAGAGAUUCCAGGUAAGUCCUCAGUCACUGUCUGCGGAUGUUGAGGUGGCCUUAUGUUCAGUAUUUGUAGAAGCGGGUAUCUUAGCCCGUCAAGAGUGUAACAUCGAGAAAGUUACACAAUAA